AGCACAAAGAGACUUCCAAGGUGAAGGCAUAUAGGAAGCAAUGGAGUACCUCUGUGUUGUCAUUUUACUUUUCUCGGCUGUAGUUACACAUGCUGACCCAUGGAGACAAUUGCAACAGGGAGACAGUCGAUUCCUCCCAUUUGGCGGACCAGACAGACACCCUAUGAGACCCAAUGGUAGAGAACCCUGGAUGAAGGAUGGUUCCCUCCCUCCAUUUGGGGGCCAGCCAAUAGGUGGAGGAGGAGAGAACUCUAGACCAAUCGGUGGAGGUCCUACGUGGCAAGGAUGGGAUAUGGGUGGAACUGGCAACCCAGGAUGGCCCGACCAGGAUCAAAUGCCCCCUUGGUACCCAAACAGACCCUCUGGAGGCCCAGGAAGUGGGGACACUCAGCGACUAAUGGGAGGGCCCGAGUCUGGAGGACCCCUCGACUACCCUGAUCGGGAUUAUAAAAGGAGAGAGGAUGAAGGUCAAUGGUGGAACCAGGGAACCAUGAGAAGAGACCGAGGAUCAUCAUCCCCUGCCGAUCUUCCACCCGUGACAGGAUCUGACUUUGGGUAUGCUCCCAAUGGACCUGGACCACACCCUGGCCAGGGCCCCCCUCGCGGGCCAGGGUCCCGAAGGCGUAGACCUGCAGGGCCCCCAAGAGGAGGAAGACCCAACAUGAGAAACCUUGAUGCAAGGCCUGACAGGAACCCCAUUCGCCCCUCAGCUGUUCCGUCUGGAGCAGGUGGACGGCCCCCGUUUGAUGACACCUUCUUUGGAGGAAGACUGUUGCAACCUGAGAUGGUGGGCAACAGAGAAUUCAUCCCCAUCUUUCAGGCUGACAAUGUGACUUUACAGAAUGCUAGUGGUCUGCCCCUGAAAGAAGGUGAGAACAUUUUCCUGCUGCCAAAGGGAGGACGAGGAACACCCCCACCAAGGCAUGGACAUAAAAGACCUCAAGAAUUAGGGUUUGGAUACCCAUACUCAUCUGGUUUUCAGCCUUACCUGAAGCUCAUCUACAACCCCUCAGCUACAAAUACAAUCUCAUUUGAAUAUGGGAUAACAACACUUCUCCCAUCGUUCAUGAAGGCUGAAGAGACAAAGGCUUGGGAAGAGGAAGGAAAAUAAUAUGGUGGAUACAAGGGAGAAGAAGCCCAAGCCUUGCAUCUGUAUUGGAAUGAGAUUACAUUUUGACAUAUUUUCAUAUCUAUCUGGAGUACAUUCAACUUUACAGAUUACAUUUGGAUAUUUAGUUGCUAAAUGUUUUCCUAAAUACUAAUACAUUUCUUAACUCAUGAAACCAAACAAUCUUUAGUUUUAGCCUAACAAUAUUUGAUUUUACCCAUGGGUGUGGGGAGGUGGGCCUCUUUCUGUCCAGUAAGGUAAUUUCUGGACAAUAUUUCUGUCCAAUUAGGGGACCCCUUUUGGCUCAAGAGCACCCCCAGUCGCAAGAUAUGUGUAGCCUCUUUAGAACCUAUGUUUAACUAUACAGUACAUGGCAGGUGUUGGUGGAGGUUACUUCUGUGAUAUAAUUUGACACUUUCUCAAUCAAUUGCUCUAUAACUCUAUAACAUUCAUUAAAACUUCCAGCAUGCAAA